AUGCUGGCCGCUUUCAAGGCGCAGCCCAUCAACGAGCUGAAGCAGCGCGACAAGUCCAAGAUCGAGUCGCUCCUUGCGUACGGCGAUCGCCUGCUGGUCGGCCUGAACACCGGCGCACUGCGCAUCUUCCGCGUCAACGAAUCCGAAGUCCAGGAGAGCAAUGGAGAUGGCAGCGGGAAUGGUGAUGACGGGGACAUUGCUAGCGACCCGCCGCCGACCCCGACCAAGACCAAGACCAAGCCCGUCGAGCUGUUCCGCGAAGAAGACAAGUUCAGCAAGAAACCGAUUCAGCAGCUCGCCAUCGUGAAAGAGGCAAAUCUGCUUGUCAGCCUGAGCGACACCUACAUAUCCCUCCACGAUCUGCAGACGUACCAGCUGGUGGAGCGCUUGGAACGGACCAAGGGCUCUGCCUGCUUCGCCGUUACCAGCAAUGUCGUCAAGGACCAAGAGACUGGCGUUCCCGGUCUUGUAUCGAGGCUUGCGGUAGCCACCAAAAGGAAGUUGCUAUGCUGGACUUGGCAGGAUAUGGAGAUGCUUCCAGACAUUGCAGAGAUCAGUCUGGAAGCGAGCAUAAAGAGCCUGAAUUGGGCAGAUGGCACCCACCUUAUUGCUGGCAUGGAUCCUGGCUUUAGCGUGGUCGAUGUGACGACCCAACAGGUCACUCCCGUCAACAAGCCAGCCCCCAAAACUGCUGGUAGUGUGGAAGUAAACACGGGUGAGCUGAUCGGCGUACGUUUCGCCGCGGUGAGCAGCAGCGGAAUGGGAUACAUGGGCAUGGGGAGCUGGGUGCCGAAACCGAUGGUAACGUCUCUAGUCAGAAACGAAGUUUUGCUGGCCAAGGACGUCAACACCCUCUUUAUAGAUACCGAGGGUAAAGCCUUGGAGAAGCGACAGGUUCCGUGGGCUCUUGCGCCGGAAGCAAUCGGUUACAGUUAUCCAUAUCUACUGGCGCUCAGUCCACCGGAUAAAGGCACUCUGCAAAUACGCAAUCCCGACACAGUAUCGCUACUGCAGACAAUCAACGUUCCCGGUGCCACCAUACUGCACGUGCCCCAGCCGAAUAUUAGUCUUGCUCAUGCUGGAAAAGGCUUUCUGGUAGCAUCGGACCGGGUCAUUUGGCGAAUGAACGCUCUGCCGUACCAUACACAGCUGACUGAACUUUUGGAAAAGCAGCGCUUUGACGAAGCUAUCAGUCUGCUGAACCUGUUGGAGGAUACCCUCAUUGACGACAAGCCCGGUCGCGUCCGCGAGAUUAUGACGCAAAAGGCAACAGCGUUGUUCCAGCAGCAGAAAUAUAGACCUGCGCUAGACCUGUUCACCGAUGCUGAGGCUGCUCCGGACCGUGUGAUCGCUCUGUACCCGAGAAGCAUUGCCGGGGAUCUCUCUAGUAUACCUGAAGAUUCGAGUGACGAACAGGCCGUGACAGACAAUGCGAAUUGCAAGGAAAAUGACACCACCAAAGAGGCGCCGUCCACGCCCCAAAAGGGUAUGCUAGGCAAGCUUCGCGGCAGUGCUAAGAAAGCAGAGCCUGACGCUGCUUCGAGCAAGUCGCCAGCUCGCGUCGACACUGAUAAUAUGAGUAUUCGUACAAAAUCUAACAAGGCUCCUGACAAGGCUCUCGAAGGCGACGAUCUUAAGUUCGCCGUUCGCUGCCUGUGCUCGUUCUUGGCUCAAGCAAGAGUCCAACUGCAGAAGCACAUUGCACCGGACGGCUCGCUCAAGGAAGAUCCACCCACUUUUGACAGUGAAAGUGGAAAGGCACCGUUUCACAAUCUCCUUCCAGAGUCGGUGGUUAGUAAGCCAAGGGAAGACGUGGACUGGCAAGAGGCGCUUCUCAAGACCGCCCAACUGGUUGACACUACUCUUUUCCGAUCUUACAUGCUAGCAAUGCCGUCACUUGCUGGUUCCUUAUUUCGAAUUGACAAUUUUUGCGAUCCGGAUGUUGUUCAGGCGGCGCUUUAUGAAGGCGAGCGCUACAACGAUCUGAUCGAUUUCUUGCAUGGGAAGAAGCUUCAUCGGCAAGCUUUGGAGAUGCUUGCGAAGUUCGGCAGAGGCGACGCGGAUGGGGAAGUGCCCGAGGGCAUGCAAGGACCGGAGCGCACUGUGGCCUAUCUGAAACAGCUCCCACCAGAACUCGUUGACGUGAUUCUCGAAUUUGUCCGAUGGCCAAUGGAGAAAAACUCGCAAGUCGGCAUGGAGGUCUUCCUAGCCGACAGCGACAAUGCUGAGAGACUUCCACGGCAACAGAUCAUAGAGUUUCUUGCUGAAAUUGACGAGACAUUGGAAGUCCAGUAUCUGGAGCAUAUCAUCAACGAGUUGUGCGAUGAAGAGCCCGACUUUCACCAACGACUUGUUGAUCUCUACAUUACCCAGUUGAAGAGAGAAGAUAUUGACGACGAUCAGCGAACACACCUGAAAGCAAAGUUGGAGUCGUUCCUGCAGAAGAGCAGAAGCUACAAUAAGAACAGGACAUUUCGGCAACUUCCUGCGGACGAUCCGGUCUUCUACGAGGCUCGAGCAAUUGUGGUCAGCGCUAUGGGCAACCACAAACAAGCACUCGAAAUCUACGUCUUCCGGAUUCAGGAUUACGAGAAAGCGGAGAGCUAUUGUAACAAGACAUAUCUGGAGCAGCAGGCUGAUCAAGAGCCAUGUCGUCUCGACAGCAAUACUUCACAUAAGAAGUCCUCUUUCAAGACUUUCGAGUCUGAAGAUCUGACAGAUACACCAAACGUAUUUGCGAUCCUGCUUGGUUUGUACCUCAAGCCUCCAGCCAACGAGGAGAAGCGCUGGCCGCAGGCCUUGGAGCUGCUGAGCAAGCAUGGUGCACGGUUGCCCGCGAGUAGCACUCUGGAACUCAUGCCCAGCGACCUCGCCGUGCAGGAGCUGCAGAAUUAUUUCCGAGGUCGCAUUAGGAGUGCGACGUCGAUCCUGCGUGAAGAGAUGAUCCUGAAGAGCCUGGAGGGCGUGAAGAGGGCGAAUACCGAGCACGUGCUCCUUGUAGGUCCUGACAAUGUGCCGGGCGGAAAGCCAAUGGGUAAAAACAGACGUGUGAGGAUUGGUGAGGAUGAUCACUGCAAGGUGUGUCACAAGCGCUUUGGGGCGAGUGCAGUGCGAGUAUACCCUGACAACGAGGUCAUCCAUUACGGUUGCAUCAAUCGCAGCGGGAACAGAAGAGCGGGUGAAGGUGGUUUAGGGGGCGUGAGACGGUCUGCUGGCUGGGGAUAG